AUAUAUUAGAAAUACUCAUUUCAGCCACACUGUGUAAACACAGACAUCUCAAAGCAGGCGCAUAUUUGAGGGAAUCGUCUGACGCCGGUUAAUAACAUUGCCAGCUAUCAAAUAUCCCGGCUGGUCGUAGGAAAUAUGACGCCAAAUGUGUGAUGUUUCUCUUGUCAGUCGCGUGCAUGUCCUCGUCCUCGUUAUUAUUGUUGUUAUGAACGUCGUAGAAAUGAAAACACAACAAACCACAAGAAACGUACUUCACUUCCUGUCCUAGUCAAACAACCAGUCAUCCGAGCGGAUAUGUAUUGGCAAGUUGAGGGUGUGUUUGUGUGCGUGUGUACGUGCUACAUGGAGGUGCCUCUGCACAUAGGAGCUCUUCUAUGAUUUUUUUUCAGAUUCAAAGUGCAAAUAAAACAAGUGUUCUAGAGUUCAAUUAAGUGAGUGAGUGUGUGUGUUGAUUUCUAUGACGAGAUUGCUAUUUGUUCUAAGUACAUACAUACAUAUACUAUGCCGAUUGUGUACGUACGUACGUAUGUUCCUAAAUAUUUGUGUACAUAAGCUCGCCCCUAAACCAUGCAUGCAUGAGUGAUUACAGUGGCAUAGCUCAUGAUAUUGUUUUAACAAAUCAAUCAAAGGAAUGUCAAUAAAAUGUCAGAAGAAAUUCACUGAAAAUUCUUUGAAUAUUAAUCAUCGCCCACAACGAAAAUCUCAAAGGAAUAAUUUAUCAUUCAAAUCUAAUCCAGCGGAAAAACAAACGCACCGAGUGAGGCCAUAAAACUGUCACGACAACAUCUGUGUUAAUGAAUGGAAAAAGAAGGCGCCUUUUAAACACUUACAAAUCGUGUUUUGUGAAUGGCAACCAACUGUUGAACGGGAUACAGCGGAAUGGAAUGAAUGCUGAAUGCAAAGCAACUACAGCAAUAGCGACAGGACAUUUUGCUUCCGUUUGCCGACAAACGUGCUUCCACCACAAAAAGCGCUCGGGCCCGCAGGAGAAGAUUGCAUAAACGGCGAUUGUGGUUGUAUUCGUUGUUGCAUUUAAUCCCUUUUAGAAGAUAGUCACCAUGAAUGUCACUGAGCUCAAGUGUUGGGAUUAUUGUUUUUGAGUUCCGUUUCCGCCCUCAGUCCUAGCACAUCGUGUCGGCAAUGAAUUGUGUUUAUACGUGGCCACAAGUUUUUCGCAGUGUUGAACGGCAGCGGCAACAGCACACAAGUGCCUACGUCUGUAUGUAAAUCGCGAAAAGCUAAACUGUGCUUUAAUCUGUGAAUAGAAAACGACAACAACGACAACGGCAGCGACAAGAGAGGAGGACAUCAGCUAUUCACUUUUGCAUAAAAAGCUAAAUCAAAUGAAAUUAUUGAAUACAAAGAGAAACGAGCAAAUAUCAAAAACCUCCGAUACCAACAACAACUACAACGACAUCGUAGAAAAUUGUUUCCUUGAGCCAAACAUCUGUCACGGCUAUUCAGCCAUCAAUGACAUGCCAAACAAUCUAAUAAGGAUUUCAUUAUCCUCUAAAGCGUUUCAAUAGAAUUGCGCUGUUUUGAGCUGAACACCAUCGUUGGUACGUUGGGCGCCAUAUGCAGCAUGGGGGCAGCAAAUUCAUCAAAUCGUUCAGAUAAUAGUCUUUAUAAUGAUGAUGAUGUUAAUUUCGAUCACUUCCAAAUCUUGCGUGCCAUUGGCAAAGGAAGCUUUGGUAAGGUCUGCAUUGUACAGAAACGUGACAGCGGCGUAUUGUAUGCCAUGAAAUACGUCAGCCGUUCAGCAUGCGAAAGCCGUGGUGCCUUGGGUGGCGUACUCAAAGAAGUCGAGUUGCUUUCCUCCUUGGAACAUCCUUUUCUGGUGAAUUUAUGGUUUUCCUUUCAAGAUGAAGAGGAUUUAUUUAUGGUUUGCGACCUGCUGACAGGCGGUGAUUUAAGAUAUCAUCUACAAAACAGAGUGGAGUUCUCUGAAGAAUCUGUUGCCUUAUUCGUGUGUGAACUUGGAAGUGCUUUAGACUAUUUGCAACUGCAACGUGUCGUUCACAGAGAUGUUAAACCGGAUAACAUUUUAUUAGAUGGUGCUGGUCAUGCACAUUUGACUGAUUUUAACAUUGCAACAAGACUGGCCAAGGAUGCUCUGGCAUGCAGCAUGUCCGGCACAAAACCCUACAUGGCACCCGAAGUAUUUAUGUGUGCCCUGGACGAAGUGGCUGGCUACACAUAUCCUGUCGAUUGGUGGUCUCUGGGUGUUGUGGCAUACGAGAUGCGUGCCAACAUACGACCAUUUUCGGUACACUCAAAUACGGCGCUGGUGGAUGUCAAGCACAUACUAAGUUCGCCCGUACAUUAUCCACGCUAUUGGAGUCCUGAUUUUGUGGAUUUAUUAACGAAGUUGCUUUGCGUGCAUCCGGGCGGUCGCAUAAGUUCCCAGCAAGAACUGCAACAAACUCCACUGCUGAGACAUAUCGAUUUCAAGGAAGUUCUGGAGAAAAGGACGAAACCUCCCUUCAAACCCCCCGAAGACCAUCUUAAUUGUGAUCCCUGCCUUGAACUCGAGGAAAUGAUUGUUGAAACCCGCCCCCUACACAAAAAGAAGAAACGGCUCGCCAAACAACGGUCAGCGCAGCGUGACAGUGAUCCGGAAACGGCACUGGUCAAGGAAUUCAUAGUCUACAAUCGUUUUAAGGAACUCAAACGCAAGGACAUGGAAAAGAAGGAACGCGAAUGGGAACGUGAACUGGAGGAGGCCAUGGCGAAUUCUGUGGUAACGACAUUGGCACCCAUAAUGGAAAAACCUUCCGAAAAUUUAACUGUGUCUUCCACGCUGCAUGAAAACACACCAAACGAUUCGAUGACAAAUACGAAUAUGGUUCGACAAUCGUCAAAGAAAUCGACAACAAUGACAACGCUUAGUUCCAGUUUACAAAUGUGCUCCAAUUGUCAGAGAUCUGAUUCGAGAAAAUCUAAGAAUACCGAAAGUUUAGAAUUUAUAGAUCGUUCUCCCUCACCAAAUACCCUCGCUGGUGGUGGCGGUGGUGGUGAUAGUACGUAGUAAAACAUAUGGAACAUAUGGAAAUCAAAUUGAUUUAAGAUCGAAAACGAAGCUCUUCUACCUACGGAAAAAAAUUGAAAAAACAUUUAAAUAUUGUGAAUCCAAGUAAGGUAUUCCAUUCAUAGAAUCGCGAAAAGCUAUUUGACUAUCUAAUGUCCAUGGAAAGAGUACCAAUGAUAAAGACCUAGCAAACGUAAUGUUAUAAAUGGAUCAAAUAGCUUCUGAAAUUAAUUGCAUUCCAUAUUUUAGCCGAAGAACUCUUAAUAACAGUCUUCUAUCUGCUGGAGAACUGAGUAAUAUUUUUCUGUCCUUGAUCACCUAUAGAGGGGGUUCAAUCUACUGAAAACAUUCAGUAUAUAAUGGACUUUGAGAAGUUUUAAAAGUCCAAUUCUAUUUAUAAAAUCUUUUAUCUAUGCAAAUACUUGAAAAAUUCUUAAAGCUUCUUCGAGAUACAUAAACAUCGAUUUUUCUUAACAGAAUUUUUAAAUUUUUUCCCGAUCCUUAUAGCUAUAUGUGUUGCAUUUUCGACUUUCACCUACACCCUCACAUGUACAAACAAUCUCAGGAGGUUUUCACAGCUAAAAACGGAUUUUCUAUAUUGGAAACGUUUGAAAACUAAGAGUUACGCAGUAAAUUUUUUCCAAGGCCUUUCAGCUAUUUGUGUUUGUGCUUCUUUUUGAAGAUUUGAAUGGGAUUGUUCUGCCUAUCCGGUUGUAGUUUCAAAACCACGUUCUAAAAUUCAGUUUAAUCCCUAGGAUACGAACUUGGAUCUGCUAAAGUAUGUUGGAUGCGUUUAGCGGGUCUGUUGGAUAUAUGCAGUCGGUGUGUACCGAACACUGAACAGAUUUUAUGCACAUCUCCAUCGAUCGGCACCCAAUGGUGUAAAAUAGGUUGCACCGUCUUGAAAGUAGUUAUGUAAAGAGUACCCGGGUUUGUCUAUGAAGCCAAAACUCUUCAUCAAGAGCCGAUUGAGGGUUAACUAUGGUAGACUAGUUGAUUUAGGAACCCUUUAAAUUAUUGGAACCUAAUAUUAUCUUUAAUAUUAUUGGAACCUACUCUCUUGAUCACGUAGUUCCUUUCUGACACGAACACUGAACAGAUCCUAUGCCUAUCUCCAUCGAUCAGCAUCCAAUGGUGUAAAGAAGAUUGCACCGUCCUGAAAGUAGUUGUGUAGAGAGUACCCCGGUUUGUCUAUGAAGCCGAAACUCUUCAUCAAGAGCAGAUUAAGGGUGAACUAUGAUAGACUUGUUGAUUUAGGAGUUCUCUCUUUAAUAUAAUUGGAACCUACUCUCUUAGUCACGCAGAUCCUUUCUGACAAUCUUGGGUGUGAGAUUUCUAUCGAACAUGAGAUGUAUAUUAGCAUAGGGCAGUAAUAUUUCCGUGCAUUAUAUUUUUCGUAGAUGUUAAAUAAUAUGCAACUAUGGCAAUAAAAUCCUCUUGUUGGAUAUUAGUGACACAUCAAUAAAGCCCACAACGACGCAAAAAAUCCAAAAUUAAGGUCCUUUCAGCAAAAAUUUAAAUUUUGUAUUAAUUAAUUUUACGAACUUUUUUCGGAUCUUUCUCUUAGGCUCUUGAUGUAGAUUUAGUUUAAUUUCCAAAAUCCAAGGAAUUUGUAAAAAACUUCACCCACAGUUUUCAUAUAUACCAAAUAGCCAAUAUAAAUCCAAAUGACCUGCAUUUUGAUACAUCCAACCGAAUUCAGUCUACAAGCAAGUACAUACAAUUUGGAGAACAUUUUUUCAUAUAUUGCUAUAGCUUCCAUAUAUAUGUUUCAUCUGAUUUGGAGUUUUAAGUCCGUCACAUACGUAAUAUGCACUCCACAAUAAUGAUGUUUGCUAGCAGAUAUCAGAUAUAUCUCAGAAAUAAGUGUUUCAAUUUUGUCGUUUCAUAUUUAUAUAUAGUUCCUAUUUAUAUCUUUGGCGGAUUUCAGGUUUAUUGUGCAUCAAAUGGACUGAAUUUUGGCAUUUCCGACGGAAUUCGGCUUAAAAGCAAGAUCAUCAAAUUUAGUGGAAAUCGGUUCAGAUAUAGAUAUAGCUCCCGUAUAAAUGUUUCUUAAAGUACCUCACAAAUCGGUUCAGAUAUAGUUAUAGCUCCCAUAUAAAUCUUUCUUUCGAUUUGGUGUUAAAGUCCCUCACAUGCGCAAUAUGAACUCCACAAUAACGAUAUUUGAUAUUGGUCAUCAGUUACUGCUCGAAAAUGCUCCUGCCAAAUUUCAUCGAGAUCGGUUCAGAUUUUUAUGUGGCUUCGAUAUGCAUCUUCACCCGAUUUUACGCUAAUAUGAGCCCAAAUUGAAUAGAUUUUUUCAUAUUUAACCGAAUUUUACCAGUUUGUGAAACUCUGUCCGGUAUAUCUAUUGCUCCAAUAAAUAUUUUACAUUAUAAUCCUUAUCCAAGUCAUAUCAUGCACUAUACAGCCAUGUUAUUUGGUUCAUAGUUGGUAUGAUCUACUUCACAUAAAUUCGCAAUAUAAACUAAAUACGAAUAGUGGUGUGGUAUCAUAUACUCGGCCCCGCCCGACUUUUCACCUUUCCUUACUGGUUUUGUUAUAAUGUAAAAAUCAACAAUAUGUUACGUUAAUAUGCGCUAAGGAUCCUUGUUUAAAUUCGUUUUCCAAAGUGAUAGAAGGUGUUAAAAAUUCGGAAUAUUUUUUUUUACUUGCUACAACAAAUUUAACACACUCCCUACUUUCAAGUAGCACUCCCAAUAAUGGGUUUAAGAUAUAAAUUACGACAAGUGAUUAAAUUAUUUUUGGAAACCCCUUCAAAUCAAUAUUUCAUCCGACACUCCCCAAUUACACAAUUUAUAUUUAGCCGAAAACAAAUCAAAAACUCACCAAUAAAAUCAAAAUGAGAAACCAAGGUUUUAAAUGGAACCCAGUUAACAAAAAUAUCAAUUAGUUUACAAAUUGUAAAAUUUCCCGUUAAACAUGACCAACAACAAAACAAACAAAA